CUUCCACGGAAUCAUUUGUUGCUGGUUUAACUAGAACUCGAGCGAACUUUUAGUUCACGCUACAGCUAGACCCUGCAAAAGGAUUACAUUUAGGGGAAGGGGAAAAAAAAAAAAAGAGAGAUAGGAGAGUGCUAUUUUUCAGCGCUUUGAAUAGACUACUGAACGCACACUUGCAGGGGUGGUCUUGCUUUUCUGAAAGGACUACUGUAGCAGUUUUCUCCAAGAGCGCCAGUGUGAAACACAGAAGCUGGGGCUGAUAAAAUAGCCUUGGACAAAUGCGACGGACUGUUGUGCCUGAAUCCUUUACCUGACUUCUAAACUUGUUGCUUUUGCUCUACACCAGCUACGGAGACGCAUUUCAGAUACUACUGUGUGCUUAUUUGUGUUUGACGGCGGUAAAAAAAAACAAAGGGAAUCCAAAGUGGACUAACUGGUGAUAUAUAUAUGCAAAAACCUCCACUUCUGAACAAAACGUAUUUAUGAGGAGAUGUCCUUCCCUUGAGUGGCGGAUCUGUGAGCGCAAAACGGAGCACCGACUCUGCUUCAGUUGCACCGGGUCGCGCACAUUGGGUCAGCAUGGCAGCUGGAGUCGCAGCGUGGCUACCAUUCGCGCGCGCCGCGGCCAUAGGAUGGAUACCUGUGGCGAGCACGCCGAUGCCGCCUCCACCACGGGAAAAGAGGCGAGGUCAGGACGGGUUCAUAAUCUUGAACGUCAGCGGCACAAAGUUUCAAACUUGGCAGAAUACUUUGGAGAGGUACCCCGACACCUUACUGGGAAGCACAGAGCGCGACUUCUUUUACCACGAGGAGACAAACGAGUACUUUUUCGAUCGCGACCCGGACAUCUUCAGACACAUCCUCAACUUUUACCGCACCGGGAAGCUGCACUACCCUCGCCACGAGUGCAUCUCCGCGUAUGACGAAGAGCUGGCCUUCUUUGGCAUAAUUCCCGAGAUAAUUGGUGAUUGUUGCUAUGAGGAGUACAAAGAUCGCAGGCGGGAGAACGCUGAGAGAAUUCAAGACGAUGAAGAAAACGAAAGCAAUAAGGAUUUGGUGCCGCCGGAUAUGUCGUUCCGCGAGUCCAUGUGGCGCGCUUUUGAGAACCCUCACACGAGCACCAUGGCGUUGGUGUUCUAUUACGUCACGGGCUUUUUCAUAGCCGUCUCCGUUAUGGCCAACGUGGUGGAGACGGUCCCGUGCGGUAACGCGCCAGACAGGGUCAAAGAGAUCUCGUGCGGGGAGCGCUACGCGCUCGCGUUCUUCUGUUUGGAUACGGCCUGCGUCAUGAUCUUCACAGUUGAGUACCUGCUCCGUCUGAUUGCCGCGCCCAGCAGGUACAAGUUCGUCAAGAGCGUCAUGAGCAUCAUUGACGUGGUGGCCAUCAUGCCUUACUACAUCGGCCUGGUCAUGACGGACAACGAGGACGUGAGUGGGGCCUUCGUCACCCUCAGGGUCUUCAGGGUCUUUCGAAUUUUCAAAUUUUCGCGGCACUCUGCGGGACUGCGCAUCCUCGGGUACACGCUCAAGAGCUGCGCGUCUGAGCUGGGCUUCCUGCUCUUCUCGCUCACCAUGGCCAUCAUCAUCUUCGCCACCGUCAUGUUCUACGCAGAAAAGGGCUCGUCCGCCAGCAAGUUCACAAGCAUACCGGCGGCUUUCUGGUACACCAUCGUCACCAUGACAACGCUGGGAUAUGGAGACAUGGUUCCUAAGACCAUCAUGGGAAAGAUCUUUGGCUCUAUUUGUUCUCUGAGUGGAGUGCUGGUGAUUGCUCUACCCGUGCCCGUCAUUGUGUCCAAUUUCAGUCGGAUCUACCAUCAGAGUCAACGUGCAGAGAAGCGGCGUGCCCAAAAGAAAACCAGGCUUGCUAGAAUUCAUGCAGCGAAGAGUGGUGGUGCUAAUGCUUAUUUGCAGUACAAACGCAAUGGGAUGCUGGCGAAUGAGAUUGCAUCAAAAGAGGCGGGACAAGCUCUGGUAUGCAAGUCCAACCCCACUUUUGAGACCCAGCAUCACCAUCUGCUGCACUGCUUGGAGAAAACCACGAAUCAUGAAUUUGUGGAUGAGCAGACCUAUGAAACAAGCUGCAUGGAGGUUUCCAUGAUGAAGCCAUCCAUGUCCCGCUCCUCCUCACUGUCCUCCUCACCGCACGGGCUCUCCUCCUGCUGCUCACGCAGAAACAAGCGCAAGAGUUUCAAUGUGCCCAAUUCCAACAUGUCCGGAGGCCGCAGGGGGAGUAUACAGGAGCUCAGCACCAUCCAGAUCAGGGAGAGACCGAUGAGCAACAGCCGUUCCAGUCUCAAUGCCAAGUUUGAAGAGACGGUACCCCUUAACUCAGAAGAGCACUCCUACAUCACUGCUGCCGUCAUCAGCAUGCCGACUCCGCCUGUGACCACGCCCGAGGGCGGAGACUCCACCAGCUCGCCCGACUUCUUACAAAGCAACAUUGUCAGGGUGUCGGCAUUAUAGGCCAUCCACCGUGACCAUUAGCCGCUUUUAAUAUGGCAAGUGGACACUAAAUCGGGAGGGAUUAAGAGUGCCUCCUAGUGUACUGGAGUAGGCAUUGCAGCAGGAUGGGCUAUAGCUGGACCUUUUUUAUCAGCUCCUGACUAGAGCUCUGCUUCUCUGAACCGGGAUGUCAGCACCACCUCUAGGCCCAUCACGUCAUGUGACUCACACUUAGGCCAAUAGGCUUUCACUCAACCCAUAGAGGGAAUCAAUGACCAUAAUUACCAUUGUGGUAACUACUUCUAUAAUUUUUCAAUAUUGUGUGUCUUUGAAUUGGUUGUCUUAAAUUUGGUGGGAUCGCGAGGUAUUUGUGAUGCAAAAGGAGUGUACCAGCAGGGGUGGGAUUCGACAGUAGCAUAUUAAUGGUUUUAGACAGAUUUACACACAGUACACACAGAUACGUUUGAUACUACAAAGUAAAGCUGGGCUCUAGGGUGUGCGUUUGGAUGCUUUUGUGUGCGUGUGUGUGGAUGAUAAAGACCAAUCUCUUGCAUGUUUUGCAUUCUUUAGUCUUUUGUCUUUUUUCAAUUUGGCAUGAGCAAUAAGGAUUGGCUGUCUCUGUAAACGUGUGUGGGAAUGUGUUUUCUUUGUCAAUACUUUGCUUAGUUAUAGAGUAUUGAUCUGCAGCUGUCUCGAACCCUGAACCCCCAGUAUGAGUAACAAGCAGCUGUUUAAUUGUUUUAUUUGCUGUCUGAGAGAAUGGCCUAUGUAAAUACGUUGAUACAGUCAAUACACUCAGAGGUUGUGCUACAAAUAAUCAUUAUCCGUCACUUCAACAGUCCGGGUUGUACAUUUUCCUUCAUGCUCUGUUUUUAUACUUCUUGGUUGUCAUUCUCCCGGAUUCAGCCUUGUCCCGGAGCCAUCACAUAUGGUAUGUUAUUUGUGCAGUUGCUGCGAUAAUUAAGGCCUGUAGUGGUCUACAAGUUGACCAUGUUUAGGUCAAUAAUGACCUGGACUUGUCAAAACAUAGGCUACAAUUGAAGUUAAUGAAGAUUUAAUUAACUAAAAUCAUGGACAACUGACAAGCGUGAGUUCAGUUUUAGUUUCUUUCCCCAAAUCCUCACUCUCAAUCCCUCUCCCCUCAUAUUUUCGCACUUCACUUCUUAGACCUAUUAGCAACCUUUACUGCGGGAUUUGUUUUUGUUUUUUAAGUCAGGAAACACAAAAGACCAGAAACCUUAUUCAUAUUUUUUUACAUCUGGUAAAUGACGGAAAGUUUUUGGUUAACACAACCACUGCUCACUUUCUCUCCCACCCAUGUUGUGUUCACUUGUUGUCUGGCCUGAUGGGAUGUUUAUUUUUCAUAUUCAUUUUGUGAAUGGUACAAAGCAGAGCUAAACAGAAAGCGAAACGUCUUUUGUGUUUCAAAAUCUGGAUAUUUUCUCUGACUUUCUCACAUUGAUAGUGGAGGCUUGCAGACUUAAGCCCAAAUACUAGCCAUUCCAUUUUAUUCUCCAAAGUUUGUGAGUUAACUGUGAAAAAACAACAACAAUGUGCUUAUUUAUUAUCUUUGUUGAAAUUCCAAUAUUGUGCAUGUUGUUGUGAGGAAGGUGAAACUGGCUAGCCCGGACUAGAACUUUUGAGUUUCAAAUUAUUUUCGUCUCUCCCUUGACUUCUCAUUGCACAGGUACUUUAAUCUGGAAACAUUUUCCCCAUCUCCUACUGUUAUUAUAAAGAAAAGAUGGCAUCAAACAGACCUCCUUAUUCACAGCAGGGCCAUCUUUGAUUUUUGGCGGGAAAGACAACGAGGCUGUGAGGGAUAGGCGUACAGUCUCUUCAAUGGACUGUACUGCAGUUUAAAGUGUUUUUGGAUCGUUCCGCAAACAAAACAUUGAAAAAACAUCUUUACAAGAACAUUCAGUAGACAAAGAAUUUCAGACAACAUGAGUUGUGGAAAAUCAGAUGGGAUCUAGGAGCUUUAUACAGCUUUAUACCGUGUGUGUUAUUGAAGAGAUGGUAAGUCCAUCCCUCACAGCCUCGUUUUCAUUUCUGUUAAAAAUCAAAGAUGGUGCUAGCGUGAAUAAGGUCUAUAGAGACACGACUCAUUGUGACCUAUAAUGAGGCAUCAAUGGGUGCAAUGCAGCAAAGACCAACUAGUUGAAAAGGUUUGGGAUAUAUAGUGAAAUUUAGCGGGAAAAAGUAGCGUUAGCUAAAAAUAAAAUAAAAUAAAAUAAAAAAUAAACCAUUACUAUCCAAUUUCCAUAGAUUUCCACUCUGAUAUUGGCCUUAUUCACUUUAUGGAACUUGAAUCUCACCCCAACUUUUCUCACUUGCAACCACAUACCAAACAGUCAAGCUCCGCCUCUGAUUAUCAUUUAAAAGGGAUCAUCCUACUAGAUUCUGAUAAUUGUGUUGGAGAUUACUGUCCCAUCGUAAUUAUCCCCACCCACUCUGUGUUUAACAUAAAACUUAUAUACUGUAUCUCCAUAAACCAUCUGCACCCAAAAGAUUCAUUAAUCAUCUUUCCUCUGACUUAUGAUGUCUGGAAUGAGCAAGAAAUGUGUAUUUAAUGUCGGAAGAUAUUUUUAUUAUAUUCUUUACACUCAGCAAUUUGUUAUGCUGAGGUGCUCUUUAUUCACCAUGCUCAGUGUACACACACACACACACACACACACACACACACACACCACUGCCCUCCCGCUCAAUGCCUGCACCCAUUUUUGAUUUACCAUGUGACUUAUGCAACAAAAUGCUUUUUUGUAAAGAUAUGCUUUGUAUUAAAGGGUAUACUGGGGGUAUAGAAUCUCACAAAUGCAUAUUUUUAAAAUUCAAAUGGUGUUGAUUAUACACUGGCUGCCAAAAGUUUGGAAUAAUGUACAGAUUUUGCUGUUU